UCCAUGAGAAUCUGUCUGUUAUCUAUUGCACAGAGAACACAGAAGUGCCAACUGGAGAUGAAAAAGCUUACUUGUCAUCGCGCUGUUCCUCCUAUUAAGCGCAUCUGAAGACAACAAAGAACUAGAUCUCUUUGACAUCUACAUGCGCACAGAUGUAUGUACUGCUGUUUUAUAUAUGGUAAACUGUCGGUCCCUCUCAAUAUUUUUGUUGAAACGGAUGUGUAACUUCGUCAUCGUCGUUUUCUCCGCCUGAGUUUCUCCUAGAAAACUCUUCCCUUCCAGCUUAUUUGCACUUUUCUCUGCCUCGGUUACUUCGCUUUUCCUACAUAACAAGGCCAUACUCUGAAUGGCUGCUUCAGUAUCUCACCGCGCUAUUGGGACUCAGUCCUAUGGAUAUCUUAACAGCCCUAGUCUUCAUCAUGAGGUUGGGGACAAUUCACUGAGAUUCAUUUCAAGGGAUCUCAAGAUCAAAAUUGUCCCUUCAAGAAGAGGAUAUAUUUACUCUGACCAUAGGAACUUUGAUCGUGUUCAAGCCUCAGCAUCUCAAACUUCAGUGUUUGAACCAGUUUCAACCCCCCUACAGAGCAACACCAGUAACUCUCAGAAGAAAUCAAAUGAAGUUGCUUUGAUUCUGAUCCGGCAUGGAGAGUCAUUAUGGAAUGAAAAAAACUUGUUCACGGGUUGUGUUGACGUGCCACUAACUAAGAAGGGUGUGGAAGAGGCAAUUGAAGCUGGCAAAAGAAUCAGCAAUAUACCUGUCGACAUGAUCUAUACAUCUGCACUGAUCCGUGCACAGAUGACUGCCAUGCUUGCUAUGACCCAGCACCGUCGUAGGAAGGUGCCAAUUAUUAUUCAUAAUGAGAGUGAGCAGGCAAGGGCUUGGAGUGAGGUUUUCAGUGAAGACACUAAAAAGCAAUCCAUUCCUGUGAUAGCAGCUUGGCAAUUGAAUGAAAGAAUGUAUGGAGAAUUACAGGGUCUCAACAAGCAGGAGACGGCUGAUAGAUAUGGGAAGGAAAAAGUUCAUGAAUGGCGUCGGAGUUACGAUAUUCCUCCUCCUAAUGGCGAGAGUUUGGAAAUGUGUGCAGAAAGAGCUGUAGCUUAUUUCAAAGAUCAAAUUGAACCCCAGCUUCUAUCUGGAAAGAAUGUAAUGAUUGCUGCCCAUGGGAAUUCGUUGAGGUCCAUCAUUAUGCAUCUCGACGAAUUAACUUCCCAAGAGGUUAUCAGUUUAGAACUAUCAACUGGAAUUCCCAUGCUUUACAUUUUCAAAGAGGGAAAAUUUAUAAGGAGGGGAAGUCCCGUUGCACCUACUGAGGCAGGAGUUUAUGCUUAUACUAGGAGAUUAGCUCUGUACAGGCAAAAAUUAGAUGAGAUGUUGCAUUAAUAUGCAUCGAAGUAUAGAUAAUCUCAAUACACGCACAUUUUCAAUGAAUGGCGUUCAAGGCUUACUAUUUGGUGUCAUUACUAGAUUAUAAAGAAAGAAUUGUUAUGGGUACCGUUUUGUAAGAGCUAGUUGCACGAAGUAUGUAACUUCAGGAAGCUGAUGGUUUUUUUUUGGCUUUGAAACCUGAUGUUUAGUAGAACUGAAAUAAGAAUUUCAUCUUG